AUGGGAUUUUCAGCCGUGGGUGCUGACCCCAUCAGCUCCUGCAAGGCCCGUGGCUUGUGCGGGGCCGUGCUUCCGCAGAUGCAGCUGAAGUGCAAAGGCAGCGAGUCGGAUGCUUCACAGUGUCAACAAAGGGUGGGCGCUGAUGUUUUCUGCAGCGCGGAAGAAAACGUCGUCCUUGAUUGCAAGGGGCGCAGGCUGGAGCCUUUGCCUUUUUCGGCGCUUGCUGCAGUAGCUGCAGCAAGCCCACCUGUUGUUCGAUUGGUGUUGCCGCCGCCUCGUGGCAAACGUCAGCAGAGGCAUGCGGUCUUCUUGUGA